AUAGAGGAAGUUGAGGACAAAGUGACCUGCCCACUUUCACCUGCCUCUUUGCCAGUAAAUCCACACUCGCUGCGCCGGGUUUACAGGAAGUGGAGAGUCGGCGCUGCCAGGGAAGCAGCUCGAGGUUCAGCUCGUACCAACAAGACCAGGAGUAAAUCGCCAUGGAUACCAUCUUCACCACCCUGCUGUGUUACUUUCUGGCCUUUCCCUUUACGGUGGCACUAAACUCGUCUGUCCCGUCGGCAACAACAGCCCCCGAUAACGGGACGCACACGUCAACACUGCCGUUACCGACCAACUCCACCGGACACGUAACCGAUGUGUCCAACUCCACCGCGUUUAGCAGCACGACCCGGGACGGAGGAACGUUCAGCCCAACUACCGCGGCUACACCCGAGAGCACCGGCCUCCCCCGCACGUCCAACAGCACGGCGCCGACAGCCACGACCCCCCCACCUCCUGCUGCGAAUGCAUCGAGCACGCAGAGCACGGCAGGUCCCACCAGCACCGCAGCUCGUACGGCAACCGCAGAGGCGUCUCCCACUGUGGACCGAUGGACAGGCUCAACGGGCAGAACCACACUGGUGCUGCACAGGACCGGACUGAACACCUAUGAAAUGAGUAUGACUAUCGCCUUCAGCAGUGUGCUCGGGGUGCUGGGCCUGGCGCUGGUCAUGUUCAUGUUUCUUAAAUGCAAACAUAAGAUCCAGUACCUGCAUCAACCUCUAAACAACACUGGUGACCCAGAUGAAUUUGUGGCAGACGAUGACACCCUCGUGAUUUCUGGAGGACUUUAUGACGGCCAUCCGAUAUACGACAACCUGCCCCCAGUCCCAGCAGACCAGUCGCAAUUUCGUCUCCAGUUCUUUCAAUAAGAAGAAGUUGUCUAAAUUCUUCAUGAGGCUGAGGGCAGAACACUCACACAGACAAUGCUGACAGACAAAAGGAACAUUUAUUGGAUUGAUGUUAGUUAGCAAAAACGUAACCAAACAAUUUUUUACCUCAAUAAUAUAAACUUGUGCAGAAGAAAUGAGAUUGCAAAUGAACACUAAUAAAAAUAACUGCUACAAAAAACUCUACUGCUACUUAAAUCUCCUGCAAAACUCAUAACUCU